GCGAACGAAGCAAAAAUGGUACCAAACUACCUCCUUAUCCUGACUCUGGCAGUCGCCGUAACCGGUAGAACAGCUUCAACGCAUCAGAACAAAUUAGAAGAGGCGAGAAGUUCAGAGGACGGUGUUCUAGGCGAUUUGAAGAUAGCAUACGAAACAUAUAAAGAUUGCAGCGGCAGUGAUAUUGGUAAUUGUCUCAAAUUGAAGUUAGCCAAAGCUCUAACAAGAAUAACUAAGAGCGAUGAAAUAACUCUACUCAACGGAGUUACAAUUUCAAAGGAUAAAAAUGCAAUUGAAAAUGUUGAGGCUGAAGAAGCGGUUCCAAGGAGUCUUGACGAGAACUCAUUGGACAGCCUUAUUUUGGACAAGAUCGUUGGAUUCAUGCGAACUCAUACCAUCCAGAUCAAAUUCCCGACCGGUUCUGAUUUGCAAGGCGCAUUCGAAGAAGGCCGAGGCAGGAGAAGGAAGAUCGCUCCCCUGUUAGCGAUUCCCCUGCUCAUCGGCGGUAUGAUGGUACCCAUCGCAUUCGGUGCUCUUGCGUUACUAGCGGGCAAGGCUCUUAUUGUAUCGAAGCUAGCGUUGGUGCUCGCCGGUAUCAUCGGUCUGAAAAAACUGUUGUCCUCUAGCGGUGGUGGAGAGGCACAUGAGGUUGUUGUGUCUGCAGGACAUGGUGGCUCUGGGUGGAGCAGAUCACUCGACAACGCCCACGACCUAGCUUACAACGCGUACGCGCAUUAACCAAAACCCACCAAAGACAUCG